AAGGGCUACGCGCGGUAGGUGAAAGUAGAGUGUGUGAAAGUGUGCCAGAAAAACGAGCCAACUUUCGAUUUCUUGCGCCAUUCUGCGCAUGCGCGCUCGGUAUUUGCUGCCAUGCAUGCCAACCAGCAGCUGAUGUAUGGCGUAAGGUGCGUUGGCUUUUGCGAAUGGGCUGAGUGCUUGUACACGGUUUGCCGACUGUCAGUGAGUGCGCAAACUUGAUGUGAUUGCACGGCCGACCUUACCAGCGCUUCCGGACGAUGGAGGGGUGGAAACAGGCGAUCGCGCACGCAUUGUCUUGCAGCGCGUGGUAUUCGGUGUAAACCGGUUUUAUCGCGCUAUAUCCCGGCCAGCUGCCGCUGCAGGACAUGAUGUCCUAGAGAGGAUGUCUCACUAAAGGACCUUUGGUGACACGAGUUGUGGAACCCUGCACCACAGAUCCUGCCACCAUGGAGUCGCUGUUUGGGCCUGAUUCAGAGGAGCUGUGGCUGCCUCCAGAGGCAGCCGAGGGAAAUGUCGAGUACAAGCUGAAGCUAGUAAACCCAUCACAGAGCCGCCUGGAGCAUCUUGUCACCCAGAUGAAGUGGAGGCUACGCGAGGGCCAGGGCGAGGCCAUCUAUGAAAUCGGCGUAGAGGACGGAGGCCUGCUGGUGGGAUUGAGCGCGACUGACAUGGCGGCCUCCUUGGCCACUUUGGAGUGCAUGGCCACUAAAUUGGGUGCUUCACUGACUGUGCUGCGUGAGCGCUCCAUAGGCAAUGCCCGCAAGGCAGCUGAGGUGCUGGUGCGCAAGGUGCCCGAAGACCAGCAGAGCAUUGAGAUCCGGGUGGCCGUGCUGGGCAGUGUAGACGUUGGCAAGAGCACUGUCUUGGGUGUACUCACACAGGGCGAGCUGGACAAUGGCCGUGGUAGUGCAAGGCUCAAUCUUUUUCGGCACCUGCAUGAGAUUCAGACAGGGCACACGUCAUCAAUUAGUCGCGAGAUCCUGGGAUUCACAAGCCAGGGGCAGCCUGUCACAUAUGGCCGCUGUCGCAGCCCAGAGGAGCUAUGUGAGCGCUCUGCCAAGCUCAUCACUUUCAUCGACUUGGCUGGACACCACAAGUACUUGCGCACCACUGUCUUUGGACUCACAGGUCACAGUCCACACUUUGUCAUGAUGGUUGUGAAUGCUGCAAGUGGGCUGACUGGCACGGGCCGCGACCACCUUUUGCUUGCUCUGGCUCUUCAGGUGCCUCUGGCCAUCGUGGUGAAUAAGGUGGACACGGUGGGAUCGGCAACUUUGGCCAAGACCUUGGCACAGCUGCAUAGCCUGCUCAAGGGCCCGGGCUGCAAGAAGCUUCCCCUGGAGGUGCUCUGUGAGGAUGAUGCCCUGACAGCAGCAGCGCAGGUUCGUGAGGGCAGUGUGGUCCCUGUGUUUCUGGUGUCGUGCGUGCACGGCGAUGGCCUAGGCCUGCUCUACACGUUCCUGCAUGUGCUGCCACCUGGUCAUGGGCCCAAGGAGCGUGACGGGCUCAUGCGUCUGGCUCCCGAGUUCCAGAUUGACGAGACCUUCCAGGUGCCUGAUGUUGGUCCCGUUGUGGGUGGCCUGCUGACGCGAGGUGUGCUGCGUGAAAAUGAUCGGCUGCUGGCUGGGCCCAGCCAUGAUGGCAGCUUCCAUCCAGUGCGGGUGGUGUCAGUGCAGCGACACCGGGUACCUUGCCGCCUGGUGCGUGCUGGGGAAAGUGCCACCCUGGCACUAGCACCCAGUGCAGGAGCCCUGCUGCGUCGAGGCACAGUGCUCUGCAGCCCAGCAGAUAUACGCCCCACAGCCACGCGCCUAUUCCGGGCGCGCGUGCGUGUGCUUAGCCACCCGGGACGCUUGGCAGUGGGCUUCCAGGCGCUGGUGCAGGCUGGCAAUGUACAGCAAGCUGCUGUAGUGGUGGGUGUGCGUGGGGGAAACAGUGCAAGCCUCGGGGUCACUGACCGGGGGGUGCUCCUGUUCAAGUUUGUGCGGCAGCCUGAGUGCCUGCGGCCAGGCAGUCGCCUGCUCUUCCACCAGGGGCAGGCACGAGGCAUUGGAUCUGUCCUUCAGGUGUACCCACUGCACGUCCCACCUGCCCUGCACUGAGCUCAACAGAAGGUCUCCCCAGGUGCUGAUAGUAGCAGCAGGGCGGAGCAGUGGUGGUUGGACCACGAGCGUGCAGUGGUGGCUGUCAUUGAAGUUGCUGUCGACGCAAUGCCAACACUGUGCAACUGCAGACCUCUGUGCUUGUCGGCCUAGCAGCAAAUGAAUCUCAUAGUAAAGGAUACAAGCAGAAGAUCAUUGCAAAGACCUCAGUGGCUAACAUACCCACAAAGGCACAAUACUGCUGAGCAGAACGGUAACAUCUGUCUGGGCUUUUCUGCCACAAUUCGGAACAGUGCCUCCUUGCCCUAGAAAAAGCACAUAAGCCACCAAGAUGCGUCUGCCCAUUUAGUAUUUAAGGUGUGCUCUUUUACUUUCUUGAUGCAGAAUAUGUCGCCCGACAUCGUGGUGAUGUGUAGAUACUUGUUAGCUAUCGUGUUCAUUUGAAUGUUGAUAACACAUUAUUGUGGCCUGUGACACUACAAGUGCAGUAAUGCCACCGAAUUGCAUUUUGGCUUGAGCACAUUGCAUGGUGCUGAUGCAUGGGAAUAUGGAUUCAAGCACAAGAUAUUCAAUGCUGUGGUCAAGACACCAGCUGCACAAGGCUAUCAUGUGGAGAAGGCUCGCUGGUGUGCUCACCAAUGGUGUCCACCUGACAUUGCUGACCUGUGUGCGUGGCAGUUCUAUGGAAACACCACCACGAAGUGGCCCUCAUUAGUUGCUGAACAACAUGGUCCAGCAUCACCAUCACUUUUCACACGUCCUACUGAAGUGCUUUUUACAUACUCAUAAGCCAUUGUGAUUCUUCACAAAUGCCCACAAUGUGGGAGGAACUCCUGUUUCAAUUUUAACAUUUUUAGUGUUUUAGAGAGACUGUCUUUGCAGAACACAUUUGCGCAAGGGCCUUGCUCAGAGGCUUGUGAUCUUGUUUUUGAAGCUAAUUUGAUCAGUGUCUUAUGUGCAAGAAAUGGCACCGUGCUAGUCAUUGCAAGUGCAAAGACCCGGUCUCAUGUUGCUAAUGACUUCACAGUGGAGACAUAUGCAUGAAAAGUUGGAAAGUGAAUAAAUACUGUUCUAUUGUUAUGCACUUUUGUUGUGUGACCUUAGCUUAAAUACACUGAUG